UCAAGCAAGGAUUCAAGUGCAUUUACACCUGGUCAGGAAAUGGAAUACAAAUGAAAUGACCACCGUCUGCGUAUUCAUUCUGAUCUUCAGCACCUUAUAUGCAGUAGAACCUGUUGGGUGCUGGGUUUCUGCACAAUCCCUCCCAGAGUCCCCUGUUUAUCAGCCGGAUAAAGAGCUCAGUGUAGACAUCGGAGACUCGGCUACUCUGCCCUGUUGCUUUUCUACAAAACACGUUGGAAUAAUAGACUUCUUUAAGCAGCCGAACAGACAAAAACUUCAGAUUAUGGUCACAGUGUAUAAAACUGGUUCAGAAACAUUCCACCAUGGGUUCCAAAGGUUUCGUUACCAAAUAGAAAGAUCUUCAACCUGCUUCAAUCUGACUAUUUUAAACACCACUGCGUCUGAUGAAGCCACGUACCACUGUGCAGUGAUGAGACCCAACAUUGUGUUUGCUGAAGGAACGUAUUUAAAAAUUAAAGAAACUAAACCAGUUGUGUGUGCUGAUUUAGUGGUGUGUAAAGAGACACUGCAUGGAAACAUCACUACCAUCAGCACACAUGAGAAAACAGUGUUCGGUUUGGGAACGGCGUUGGGUUUGUGCGGACUUCUGAUUUUUUGUCUCACUUGUUUCAUCCUGAGAAAAAAAGUGGCUACAACAGAAAACACUCCAAGAAAGGGGCAGGUGUGUGUUCAGGAAACUGAAGCUGAAACGUUGAACUAUGCCGCUUUGCAGUUCUCCAAGAGGAAAGCCAAAGAUGAAAAAUUUUAACUAAUUUAUCAGAUAAAUGUGUGUAUUCUGAUGUAAAAUAAAACAUUUCACAUUGUUCAGUUUGAAAAAAAUACAAAUAUAAGCUCAUCAUUGUAUGCAAAUUGUAUUAGAUAUAUAAAAAGGAUAAAA